UCGAAAUUCUUGGCGUAGGGCUUUUUCGUUUGGAUGGAUUCCAUCGAGAAGGGUCCGAUCGAGGGAUUCUUCGUAGAAUGUGGAAUGCGGGCGUCUAGGAUGGUCUUGGGAGUGAUCGAUCGCGGAGGUGAGAGGGAUGUAGAUUUUGAGCUAUCCUCUUGGAAUCCGACCAAGGGCGAUACGCUUGCGAUUGUCGUCAGGGUGCCGCCUCCCAGUGAUCUCUUCCAGAAGCUCAACUUGUCUCUCAGGGAGAUUGUUUGGGGAAAUUCUUUUGUGAGCGUUACUUAUGGCGGGAGUGAGAUUCCAGCGUACCCGAUCACCGAGGAAAAAUCUAUCUGGAGAGCACUGGCGCCGUCCACGCCUCUCGAUGUUCCUGGACCUCGCUCGCUCGCAGUGGACGUAAGAGAUGGACGACACAAGCUCUAUCGUGGAAACAUACAGAUUGUUGACAAGGACUAUCCAGUGGAAUCGAUCUGGCUCAGCGAUACAAAGUCUAGCAUUUCUGGAACUAGGAAGGAGAAAGCGGCCAUGGAGGUGUUGCGACUUAGCAAAACACCUGUCCAGCAUUGGUCCGGUCCCUUUAAGCUUCCAGCACAGGGAGAUGUCACUACUGGAUUCGGCCUCCAACGUUUCUACAACGGAGUUUUCGCUGAAAACUACUAUCAUCAAGGAAUCGACUAUGGUGCCGAAGAGGGGACUCCUGUCAAGGCACCCGCGAAGGGUCGCGUGGUUCUUGUUGGUAAGGAAGCUGAUGGUUUCCAGCUUCACGGGAACUGCAUUGGCCUGGACCAUGGUCAUGGUGUAACUUCCAUCUUAAUGCAUCUCUCAUCGGUAGACGCCGUUGAAGGAGAGAUAGUGAAACAAGGCGAUACCAUUGGCGCCGUGGGAGAAUCCGGCCUCGCAACAGGACCACAUUUGCAUUGGGGCCUCCUUGUCAAUGGGAAAGCCGUGGAUCCCAACCAGUGGCUGGCAAAACAAUGGUGGCUCUAAUAUACCAUGGAUUUUUGUUUUGGUUGUCAAUCUUUCGCAAUGAAUUUUAGCUUGCAAGAGAAGUUAUUAUUUGUUGUAUUUCUCCAGCA